AUGGGCUGUUCUCCAAGUAGUUUGACAAGAAACGCAGGCGCUUCGGAUUUGGCGGACGUUGAUGGCACAGCUGGUACUGUGGCCACAACCACGGAAAAGGAUGGCAAUAUUUUCUUUUGCAUUAGAUUGAAGAGGUCGCGGUUACGACGUUGCAGUCAACAAAAUGGAGGAGACGGUAGCGGUGGCAGCGGAACUGGUAGCGGCAGCGCUGGUGUUAAUGGUGAUGAUCUCUGCAAUCAGGCAUUGCUCAAUCCACUGCAGACAAAAAACGAAGCUGACUACGAAAAAAUGAGCAGUGGGAAAAAGGAUUCUAUUGUAACGGUAGCAGCAUUGGGGAAUUUUACACACACAGUCGUCCGACGAGCCACUGGAAGUACUGGUACUUCUGGAACAAGUUCAUCAGGAGGCGGUAGACCUGGACAUAGGAAAUCAUCACCGGCGCUAACACCAGAUGACGACUCAGUAGAUCCAAAUCAAAGACAUGUAUAUGACGUUAAAUAUCCCACAGUUUUACCACCAAACCCACAACUCAAGGCUCUUUUGGUCUUUUACAAAUCGGACAAUAUAUGUGAAGUGGUACAACAGGCUUGUAACCGCCAACAACUGGAAGUAAACUUGGUGAAGACGAAAGAAAAUGCGUUGGAAAAUCUCUCUAGUGCCACCGAAUGUUUUCAUGUUAUCGUUAUUGAUGCUCGUUCGCCGAAGCACUUGGAUGCCGAACACAUCGCCAGAUCUAUACGACACAUGAGUGGACAUAACUUUACAACAAUAAUUGCAGUGGUUAAGAAGAGCAUGUUCGAAAGGGAUGAUGUGAUAAAUGCACUAUUGGACGCUGGCGUCAAUAGGUGUAUGGCCGAAAAUACAAGCCUCUCAAUGUGUGCCAUGGAACUAAAACAAAUUUUACACUCCAUUGUACGGCCACACAAUGUCAUCUCCACUCAGCAGGCCCUCUAUACAGCAUUACACAGACUGAAAGAAGUUCUUAUAAUAACAGAUGAUCUCUUAAGGAUUCAAUACGCCAAUAGAUCAGCAGAAAGAUUGCUCAAUAUGCGAUUGGAUGAAGUCAUUAGCAAGCCCUUAGCUGACAUUUUCAUAUCUGACGUGUCCUCUAUCAACAACAGUGUCCAAGGAAAAGGUGUUCGAGAAUUUGAUGGCAUUCUUACAGUAAAACGGAAGAAUCAGGAAGGGAUACCAAUGCACGUAAGGGUGGUUCCUGUGGCAUGCAUUGGAAGAACUCCAACACAUUUCGUAUUCAAUUUCGAUGUACCUGGCGGGCAAAUGGAUUUUAUUGCUACAUUGCCUCAGCCCAAAGAAGCGCCUCGUGGUUCGCUACACUCAAUUCGACGAGGAAGUUUUGACGUACGAUCAAUUGCCUCUGACGGCUUGCGUCGAACCAGUUUAGCAAAGCUCACUUCGCUACCACUGGAAGCCCCUAUAACAAAAAUAAUCAAUCUGCUCUCGCAAGUACAGGAGAAUUGCUCCGCAGAAGAGGCGCGACUGAUCGACAAGGUUAUGGAGUUUUUGAAACGCGAAGGCUUGUACAGUCCCCAGAUGAAGGAAAUACGCACAGACGAUCCCAUUGCAACUGAUCUUAUUGGUGCUCUUUUAACGGGACCAAAUGUAUAUUCAUCACGUCGCAGUUCCAAUGAUUCGAUUGUUCGAACAAAUUGCACAAAUCGUCAGUCUACCAUAAUGCCAGCAAAGAUGAAGGCAACUCCACUCAUUAUGGAAAUACUUGAAGAAUCUCUAAACUGGGAAUUUAACAUUUUCAAAUUGGAGGAAAUCACUGAGAACCAUCCUCUUUUGUAUUUGGGAAUGGAAAUAUUUCGCCGAUUUGAUGUGUUUGCUACGCUCAAUGUGGACGAAAAUGUCUGUAAAAAUUGGUUGGCUAUAAUAGAACGAAAUUACCAUGCGGACAACUCAUACCACAACAGUACACAUGCGGCCGAUGUUAUGCAGGCAACGGGUGUCUUCAUAUCACAACUUGCAGCCAAAGACUUGGUAAUGGAUCGUCUAGAAGAGGCUUCCGCUCUAAUUGCAGCAGCAGCACACGAUGUUGAUCAUCCUGGACGAUCGUCCGCAUUUCUUUGCAAUUCAAAUAGCCCGUUGGCCAUAUUAUAUAAUGAUUUAACCGUACUUGAAUCACAUCAUGCAUCAACUACAUUUAGGCUAACUUUAGGUGAUGACAGUGCUAACAUUUUUAAGAAUUUAGAUACAGACACAUACAAAGUGGCUCGUUCGACAAUCAUAGACAUGAUUUUAGCUACAGAAAUGACGCGGCAUUUUGAGCAUUUAGCUAAAUUUGUGAGCGUUUUUGGAACCGAAAUGGAGCCUAGAGAUAUUGUGCAGAGCGAAGAAGAAAGUUCCGUUCUUAUGCGUCGUAUGCUUAUUAAGGUGGCCGAUGUCAGUAAUCCUGCCCGGCCAAUGAUUUGUUGCAUAGAGUGGUCGCGGCGUAUAGCGGAAGAAUACUUCACACAAACCGACGAAGAGAAAGCCAAAAAUCUUCCAAUAGUCAUGCCCAUGUUUGAUCGUGGCACAUGCAGCAUACCAAAAAGUCAAAUAGGUUUCAUCGAAUAUAUAAUACAAGAUAUGAUGCAUGCCUGGGACAGUUUCAUUGAUAUGCCAGAAUUAAUCACCUACAUGCAGAUUAACUAUUCGCAGUGGAAGAAAUUUGAAGAACAGGGUAUACACACACUGGCAGAGGUGAAGGCUAAGCAAAUGUCCCUGAUGAACAAAAAAUCAGCUCUGAAAUAGCACAUGGCCUUUAAAAGACUUUUCUCCGGUCUAUUGAAACCACAACCGCUACAAUUGCAAUGCGUUGUUCCGAUUGGUGAACAUGAAAUGGAGGAGUACGUUCAGAAGUGA